UCAACACAUGAUAGAUAACAUACAAUAGAUUGCAGCAGCAUGACAAUGCCCAAAUUCAUCACUCUCUCUGCGAUCGUUCCACCAUGGCCAUGGAUUGCUGUGCGCCAAUUCGACCUCUCUUCACCCAUAAGCUUUCUCUUUCAAAAACAUGUAAACCCCAAGUGAUUGGUUCAAGCGUUGUCUUCUCCUCUACUCGCACUACCCCACUGCUAGUUUCAUCAUUCAGUGGCAAAUUAGAGCCUCUGUUCCAUAAACCAAUCUCUUCCUCCGGUUGCAAACUUCGGCUCAUCGCCAAGGUUGGUGAUCGGGCUGAUUAUUCGACUGGGAAGGAAGAAACCAAUUCGCUUGAUUCUGAAGUAGACAGUGAAGAAGAGUUUUCUUGGUCUUCUGUCAUUUUGCCGUUUGUGUUCCCUGCCAUAGGAGGCUUGUUGUUUGGAUAUGACAUUGGUGCCACCUCUGGAGCUACCCUUUCAUUGCAGUCUCCUGAGCUUAGUGGCACCAGUUGGUUUAACAUCUCUGCCGUUCAACUUGGUCUGGUGGUUAGUGGCUCUUUGUAUGGAGCUCUUCUUGGUUCCCUCCUUGUGUACCCGAUUGCAGAUUUUCUCGGACGGAGGAGGGAGCUAAUUAUAGCAGCUGUACUAUAUGCACUUGGUAGCCUGACCACUGCUUAUUGCCCUGAUCUGGGCAUUCUUCUGGCGGGAAGGCUUCUCUAUGGCCUUGGCAUUGGUCUGGCCAUGCAUGGGGCUCCUCUUUAUAUAGCUGAAACAUGUCCAUCUCGGAUUCGUGGAACCUUAAUAUCUUUAAAGGAGCUGUUUAUAGUACUAGGAAUCUUGUUGGGGUAUUUAGUUGGAAGCCUUCAGAUUAAUACAAUCGGAGGAUGGCGAUACAUGUAUGGAUUUAGUGCACCGGUUGCUUUAUUGAUGGGAUUAGGAAUGUCGAUUCUCCCUCCAUCGCCUCGUUGGUUACUUCUCAGGGCCGUUCAAGGUAAAGCGCCUUCAGAGGAUUCUAAAGAACAAGCUAUUGUAGCCUUGAGUAAACUCAGAGGACGACCUCCUGGUGAUAAACUAUCUGAGAAACAAAUAGAAGAAACAUUUCUCUCCUUGAAAUCUGCCUAUUCAGAGCAGGAAUCUGAAGGGAGUAUUUGGGAGGUCUUUCAAGGCCCGAGUUUGAAAGCCUUCAUAAUCGGUGGCGGUUUGGUUCUCUUUCAGCAGAUAACUGGACAGCCGAGCGUUCUAUAUUACGCCGGUCCCAUUCUUCAGAAUGCAGGAUUUGCUGCUGCCUCUGAUGCUACUAGAGUCUCAGUUGUUAUUGGGGUAUUUAAGUUGCUUAUGACAUGGGUAGCUGUUCUAAAAGUUGAUGAUCUUGGAAGAAGGCCCUUGCUCAUUGGAGGUGUUAGUGGCAUUGCGGUUUCCUUGCUUCUUCUUUCAGCCUACUACAAAUUUCUUGAUGGGUUCCCCAUUGUUGCUGUUGGUGCCCUGCUUUUGUAUGUUGGUUGUUACCAGAUAUCCUUUGGACCAAUUAGUUGGCUUAUGGUGUCCGAAAUAUUUCCACUUCGAACUAGAGGGAAAGGAAUCAGUCUUGCAGUUCUUACGAAUUUUGGUUCGAAUGCCAUCGUCACAUUUGCAUUUUCACCCCUGAAGGAAUUGCUUGGAGCGGAUAACCUUUUCCUUCUUUUCGGUGCUAUUGCAUUGCUUUCACUUCUUUUUGUAACUCUUCAAGUUCCCGAGACCAAAGGUCUAAGUUUGGAAGAAAUCGAAUCCAAAAUCUUGAAGUGAUAAACACAACUACUGCAGCAUAUUUCUCACUUGGAGAUGCUGACACGACGGGUCGGUGCUGCCAUUGAAGAGAGUUUGUCGAUCUAUUCAAUAUGCAAAUAAAUAAUGUGGCUUAGGAACAACUAUGUCGAAUCGAAUAGUUGAUACUCAUGGUUUUCUUCCUUCUUGAAAUGUGCAAAUCUAAAUGUUCUUAUCAGUAUGAUUGAUAUCUACAGCUUUGUUUUGUG